AUGGGACUGGCCAUCUCCACACUGUGGAGCUCCUUGCUGGGUCGAUCCAAAGAGCUGAAGAUUUGUAUAUUGGGAUUGGAUAAUGCGGGAAAGACUACAUUGUGUUAUCAGAUGAGCAUGGGUCAAGCUGUAGCUACGGCCCCUACAGUAGGCAGCAACACGGAACAAUUCACUUUUAAAAAUGUGAGUCUGUCAUGAGGCGCGCGCGCACGGUGAUGCCGACGAGGAUGAUGACGAUGUUGACGAUUGCUGAUGCUUUUCCUCCUUGCAACGCGAUUUUACAGUUGUCAUUCAUAUUGUGGGAUGUGGGAGGACAGGCUUCUUUGAGAGCCAGUUGGACGUCCUACCUUGCAGGUCUGGGCGAAGGCAAAGGCGGCGUAGUCUUCGUCUUUGACUCGACAGAUCGGGAGAGGAUAUCCGUCGCACUUCAAGAAUUGCACAGGGUGGCAGGCGAUGAAGUGAGUCUUUUGAUCUCCCUGUCCCUCCCCCUCCCCCUCUCCCCCUCUGCCUCUCUGUGCCUGUACCGCUGCGCAACUGAUACCGACAUCAUAUCAUCCCUACGCACCCCUCAACCUCAACCUCGCAUCGCAGCAAGUUCAAACUGCCCCGCUACUCAUCUUUGCGAACAAACAAGACGUUCAAGGUUGCCUCAAUCCCGCCGAGAUCUCAGACGCGCUAAACUUGACAGCGCUCAGAUUGAGGGAUUGGCACAUUCAAGGUUGUUCCGCCUUGACUGGCAAAGGGUGAGUUUUGCGUUUGCGUUUGCAGCAGCCAAGAAUCGCUCCUCGGUCCUUUCUGACGUUGCCCGGUAGGGGCGGCCAGGUUCGAGAUGAGAUGAGAGGGCAUGCAAAGCUUGAGGUCACUAACGCUCCCUACAUGUCCCCAUUUCCGGCUCUCUCUCUCUCUCUUUUCUCGCUCUAUUGUUUCGUUCGACUACACAUGCUUGCUUUACGCAUAUGGCACAGCGUGACGGAAGGACUGGAUUGGCUCGCUGCUAGAUUAGCAGGUUGA